AUGAACGAAUUUACACCAUCCCAAGCAAAUAGGAUAGGGUCACUGAGAAUUUUUGAUAAACAAGAUGAAAACAUGGAAAAUUUCUCACCAACUUUUACUUUGCCUAAUAGACAACAACCACAAAAUCAAAGAAAAUCAAACAUAAUACUAGAGACUUCAUAUCAGAAAGACAUUGUAUCUUUGAAAGAUGAAUUUGACGAUGAAUUGAAAGAAGAAAACAUACUAUGCUCAUGUAUUAGUAAAAACGAUUUAGAAUUUCAAAAAAUCUCAGCACCAUUAUUAAAUGAAAUUCAACAGAUUAAUAUACAACAAGCAUUAAUUAUAAAAGAUAUACUUUUCACGCUAUUAGGAUUUGAAGGAAAUUAUAUACAAUAUGGUAAGAAUUAUAACCCAAAUUCAGUAAAUUCCAAGAUCCAAGGUCCAGAUUAUAGAAUUGCCAAAAAUUUAGAUAUAAGUUUGAAAACAAUCACAAAAAAAUUGAUUAAAUUAGGUAAACAAUAUGAUGGACUAAAGAAUUUUAUACAGAUAUAUGAUAAUUCCAAAAACGGGAAAAUUAUACAGUCAUAUUGUCAUUUUAUAAAGAAUUUUUUCAAAGUAUAUUAUAAUGUAUUAUCACAGAUCGAACAUGAGUUCCAGUAUAAUAAUAGAUUUAAUAUGAAUCUUCUAGAUCAACUUUUGCAUCAAGAAAUAUCAAAUAAAUUGGAGCAUUUAUAUCACAUUAGUUUGCGGAUCCAUGAAAUGAGUGAAGAGAGAAAAAAUUUCAGUGGCAUGGAUAUUGAUGAUUUACCACCAAGUACAGUAGAAUCUGCUGAUUUAUAUACGGAAAGAAUGAAAACUUGUAAAGGGGGUUUAGUACUACAGAUUAUACAAGAAAGAUUAACAUUUUACAAAGGGGACAUUACCUCAUUUAAUUUUUUAAAUUCCUUACUAGAUGAAAUAAGCAUAGAUUAUGUAAGUAUGCUAAAUAAAUGGCUUACUGAUGGGAAUAUCGAUGAUCCAUUUGAUGAGUUUAUGAUACGGGUAACUCAAUUACCAUCACAUUUCAAGUCAUAUAUUGAUACCAAAGGAGAAGUUUAUUGGAAUGAAUUAUUUUUGAUCAAAAAAGAUGGUUUGUUAGAACAAUUUAACAAUUCGAGAAUCCAAAGAAAAAUAUUGAAUACUGGGAAAUAUUUAAGUAUAUUUAAAGCUUGUACUGGUUUACCAAACUUCAAACUUUUGAACCAAGAUAAGAAUGAGAAUAAACCUAAAUUGGAUAGUCUAAAUGCACCGGACUUGAAUUUAAAAAUUGAUCAAUUUUACCAAAGAGCCAACAACUUAUUACUAAAAUUAAUUUUUCAAGGUUAUAAAUUCAGUCAACUAAUUACAAAUUUUCAAACAUUGUACUUAUUCAACACUUCAUUCAAUAUUGAUAAAUUUUUGAGUUUAACAUUCCAAGAAAUGAAAAAGAACAAAUUCAAAAUCUCAACAUCAAAAAUAAUUAAACAAUAUAAUGAGAUUUUUGUACCCAAAAUCGAAAAUAAAGUUGGUGAUAAUUCUAGUUCCUCCAUAAGUCAAAUAGUAUUACAAAAUCAAAGUCUCAAAAUUAGUAUUGAAAAUUUUUUCAAGUUGAUACAAGAACUAGCUGAAAGAGGAGAUAAUUUUAAUAUAAAUAUGGAUCAGUUUUUUGCGAGUGGUACUAAUGACAAUCAAAAUCUUGACUCAAACGAUAAUCAAUCCGAAUCAUCACUAAGAAAUUCUGAAAAAUUUGAAGACUUAACAAUUUUAAGUUGUGAUUUAUCUAUACCUAUACCAUUUCCAAUAAAUCUUAUACUAAACAGACAAAUCUCAUAUCAAUAUGAACUAAUGUUCAAAUAUUUAAUAAUGAUAAAAUUUAUAACAAAACAAAGUGACUUAAAUUGGCAUGAUAUAAAUACUUCAAAAGUAUGGACUGAUAAAUCAUUUGAUCCAAUACUUCAAAAAUGGAUACUAAGAUGUAGAAUGUUACAUUCACGUAUUAGAACAUUUGUUAAUGAAUUUGAAAGUUAUAUAAUGUUUGAUGUCAUUCAAGAAAAUUAUCAACAUGUUGAAAAAGUUUUGGCAAAUGCUCAAACAAGCUCCCAGAAUUUUGAGUUCAAUUCAGACAACAAUUCAGAGACAGAGUCACAACAGCAAAAUGUAUUUGGUACAAGAUUAACUAGCUCAUCAUAUGCAACAAAUUCAAUUUUUGACAAUCGAUUAAACUCCAAGAUCAAUAACGCAAAUAAUUACAACAAUAACAACAGUCAAGACAAAAUCAAUAACUCUGAUCCCAACGUAACGGUAGAUAAUUUGAUUUUGAGUUUACAAACAUUUACAACAACAUUAUUAAGUGAUUCAUUAUUAACACGUCCAGAGACUUUUUUGAUAAUUUCAAAACUAUUUGAGUUCAUAAUCCACUUCCAAGCAUACACAAUGCAAGUUAAAAAAUUAUUAAUAUUACUGAAUUACGAAUUAUAUGAAAGUUUUAGUGUUGAAUACCCCCAGAAAUUUGCAUCAAAGCCCAUGGAUGAAGAACUGAUUUUAAAAAGAGUUGAGUUCUUGAAUGAUUCCUUUUUUGGUAAGUAUGAGAAAUUUGGAAAUUUACUUUCUAUUUUUUUGAAAAUUAUUAAAAAAUUUGGUGAAUAUGAAAAUAGAGUUAUAUUACAAUUGAGUGAUAGAUUAGAAGCUUGCUUUCCAGAAUAA